GAGAUGGCAUCCCGCACAUCAAACAUACGCACGCUUACACUUCUUUCACAAACUGUGUGAGAAGCCCUCUCUCACAUCGGUGACUGGAAAGCAAGCACUCACACGCAGGCCGAAAAUUCUGCGCGAGAGUACGAUUGUGUGAGCAGCAAUGACUACGAUGUGAGUGCUCCGGCGUUGGGGGUAACCUGAUAGAGGGCAACGAAGCCAAUGUGUGAGACAAAAAUAUUCCUCUCUGUGCUCACCUUCCUGCGCACAAUUUUAGUGCUCUUCUUCCUGCGCCCAAUUUUUGUGCUCUUUUUCGUUGAUAUGCAGAAGUCGGCUGAUUUUUUGAGUUCAGUUUGUAAUCGACUUUCAAGUGGGCGCGUUCGUCGCUGUGCGAUGUAAUUAAUUUUGAUAACGGUACAACUUUAGAACGGUCGAAAUGGCAAAAAAGGUUUUAGAAAAAAGUGAGCUUGAGAGUGCAUUUACAAGAAAACGAAUUGAGAACGAAGAAGGAAAAGUAACAUACGUCUCGGAGUGCAAUUUUUGUGCCAAGCACCUCAAGUGUGAAACAAAAUACAAUCUAUCGCGGCACUUAAUAAUCAAACAUAAAGAACAGGCUGAAGAGUACGGAUUGGGGCUGGACAGUGAACAUGAAGCAGUGUCAGCGGCAGGUGAAGUGUACAAGAAAGUUGGAAAGAUAACUAUUCGUAUGGAUAAGGACCUUUUCAUUUCAUGUUUGGUGCAGUGGGUAGCCGAAGGACUCCCAAUAAACUUUUUUUCAAAGAUAUGUGUCAACAGAAUAUUGCACCCAUUAGAAGACGCACUGAAAAUAAACCACGUUAAUCGGCAUAACAUACAGCAGCACAUUGAAGCGGUAGAACAAAAACUUGUGAAGUGCAUAAUCGAUGAAAUUAAAAACAGAAUGGUGUGCAUUAAAGCAGAUAUCGCGUCAAGAAAAGGUCGAUGCAUUCUUGGUGUUAAUCUGCAAAUAAUUGUCCGAGGUAAAGUGGUGGUGCGCACGUUGGCAAUGGUAGAGAGAUUUGGAAGAAACACUGCCGAAAAUGUGUACAAUGAAAUUUUGAAAGUGUUGGAGAAAUUCAAAAUACAAAUAAACCAAGUUUAUUCUAUAACGACGGACAAUGGCUCCAACUUUGUUAAGGCGAGCCGACUAUUGCGUGAAGCCCAACAAAAGUGUUUAGAGUGUCCAGCCGAUAUGAGCUCCGGAAAUAUAUCCGAAAAGGACGAUUCGGAAGAAGAAUUUGAAGAAGAAGUAAAAGAGAUGUUUGACCAGCGAGAACAACUAAGAGUUGCUGAUCAAGACCUUGUCAACGAUGCGGAAAAUCCAGAACCAGAAUUGAUUGAUUUUUCUGACGAUCAGUCAGUGGUAGUUGAAGCAGAAGAUGAACUGCCUGUAAUCACACAACCGCAUUUGACCGGUAUCAGAUGUGCGGCUCAUGAUAUUCAACUAUCGGUCAACGACAUCCUUAAAAAGCGAUCUCUGGCUAACUUCCUGGCGAAAGUGAGAAAGUUAGUUAAAAUACUUACGUCACAGCCGUACGUCAAUUCAUUUAAUAUGAACAAAACUAGGAAAAAACCAUUCCUAGACGGAGAAACGCGUUGGGGAUCCGCUCAUCUCAUGGUACAGCGCAUUUUGGACGAAAAGCAAUUCAUAUUGUCAAUGCUUUCUACAGAUUUGCUAAAGGACUUCAGUGACAAAUUUUGGACAAUGGUUGAUCGGUUCGUGUACGUAACAAAGCCCCUAUACCUUCUUACAAAACGAAUUCAAGAAGAAACACUUAUUUGCGGUACAAUGUACCUUUAUCGGAAGGAGUGUUGUUUAGAGCUUGAAGAAAUGGAAGAUCCGCUUUCUGCCCAGCUUUACGAAGCAUUGCAGAAAAGGCAACAUAUGUGGUUUCAAAAUCCUGCCUUCUUAUCUGCAAUUUACGUUGAUCCACGAUUGAGCGAUUUCGAGCCACCAAUACUUUCAACGGAACAAAAAGCAACAGCUGUCGAACAUCUGAUGAAAACCUGGAAGCAUAUCCGAACAUCGCAAGGGACAGAAGAACCUACAGAGAAGCCUUCGACAUCAGCAUCCACAAACGUAACGAAUCUCAGCCGUGUUGAAAAGUUGUUGAUGACACAUCGGCAGACUCGACCUUCUGAUUCUAGUGAUAUGGAAAAAAGACUCAAGAGAAUUUCUCUGGAUCUGAGCCUUCCUCUUAACGCAGACGUUCUCAUAUUCUGGGAAAAGCGAAAAAGAGAAGACAAGGAACUUUCUGAACUCGCUUUGACUGCUUUGCAAACACCAUGCACUCAAGUUUCGGUUGAGCGCAGUUUUAAUGGACUUUCUCAAAUCCUGACGAAAUCUCGAAUGAAGCUCGGUACUGUACCUUUAGAACAGAUUUUAUUUAUUAAGUCAAAUAAGGAUUUACUAGAGUCAAGUUAUCUUCCAUUCGAAGUAAAGAAAGAAGAGACAUAAUUUUUUGAAUGAAUAUUUAUGCUGUGCAAAUAUUAUGUUGUCAGAAAAAUUAAAUUUAGUUUCAUAAAUGUUGAUUAUUAUUGUUCUUACUAUAAAUCAUAUGUGUAAAAAUGAGAACCCUUGAACAUUUGAAAUGAAUGAUGAAUUAAAUAAAACUGUUGGCAAAUCACUACCUUAGUACAUGUCUUACAAACAGUCAAACUUUUGAACUAAUCAAAAUCCGAAAACGCUUGAGAAAAUGUUCUUUUUUAAUAUGAAACCCAAUUAUAGGUUCAACAAGUCUAAAAUCUUAUCUUUGUUCGCAUUCGCUAAGAUGUCAGGUCAUUUGGCCGAAGGCUAUUAGAUCGAAUGGUCAGUAUGGUCGAUGGGACAGAUGAUCAUCGCACUUCUAAAAAAAAUUGGAUUCAAUUGGUUGCGCCCCCGUAUUCCACAUUGCGAAAUUUUAAUGGGAUUUAGUAUGGGGAAAACACUUUUUUUUUGCAUUUUUCUCAUUAUUAAAAGAAAAUCUAAAACCAUGUAACAAAACGUUAAAGUACAUAUAUCCUUGGAUAUGCUGAAAAACGAAACACAGUGAAGUGAUCCGACGAUUGUAAAAAAAGUUAUACACUAAAAAAUUGAGAUUUUUUAAAUGAAAAUGUUAGGAUCUUUAAUUUUUGGCACAAAAGUUAGGAACACUUUGUGGUCUUUGACAAAGUAUUUCAGCUCAUCCAACAUUAUCGGAAUCAAAGUUUAACAAAAAAUUAAGUCCCUUAUGAAAAAAUUCGAAAAAGUCAGGUUUCCCGUGCUAAAUCUCAUACUAUUUCAAUCGCAACGCGGAAUUCGGGGAAGCGACUAAUUGUUCCAAAACUCGGAAUUUAUUUAUUUUCGAAAAUCUCAUUUAAAAAUUAUUUGGCGUGAAUAAAAAAACUGAAUAUAAUGUGUUUCGAACAGAACAGUGUAUAUUAAGGACGGCAAGGUAAGGAUUUGCGUAAUGUUGACAUUGGGAGGGGAUUGAACCCCAAAACCCCUCUUUCGGACAUGGAGUUGAUUUUGAUCAUCUGAAUACAGGUUGUGUAUUAUAUUUAUGAAAAUUAUAUUGUUGGCGAGUGUGUGGGAUGGCCUCCAUCAACGAAUGCAAAAUGUCCUUCAGGGGUUAUAUAUGUUGAGGUGCGUGAAAAUAAGGAAAAGUUUGAGCUUUUGUAAAUUUUUUUUUUUACUUUUAUCUGUAUUAACGAGAUUUUUAGCCCUAGGCUAGUUCAUCUCGGGACCCACGCUUUACUUCCCUUCCGAUGGAAGAACUCACAUUUUUGCAAAGUUGUCGGGAGUCUAACCAUUUUUUUUAAUUCUCGUUUUACGUCAUAAAUAGUACAAUAUUAAAUGUGUAAAAUCAGCUUCAGAACAUGAAAAAAUAGUACUAAUUACCAAAGUUAUAACAUGUUCUGUCAAACGUGUUUUCUUUAAAAAGGUUUGCCGUGACUAUAAUUGCAGUCUAACGGCUCAACUACAAAUACAUUUUUUUCAUGCAAAAAAUGUAUGGAAAAAAUCAUAACACUGAUAGCGAACACUCAAAAAAAUUUGAUUGAAAUCGGUUGAAAACUGUUUCCGCAAUCGUAGUCAUUGCAUCGACGUUUUUGGAAAAACAUCAUUUCGAGAUAAUCGUGUUUAACCUUCCUUUUGCAUCACGUUGGCAGCAGCUCGCUGAUGUAGUAUACGAUUUGGGUCAAAAAUGACCCUAAUGCCAAAGGAGGGUUAAAGUUUCAAGUAUGCACUACGCGCCCGUAAGGGAGCGAGGCGCAAAACGCUAUAUCUUUGCUUGUACUGCUUGGAUCUCUAUGACUUUACUUACUUUAAGAUGAAAGAAUGAAAAAAAAAAAUUAUUUUGUGCUCGACCUCAACAUAUAUAACCCCUUAACAUUUAUACAGUUGUGAUUUUACACAAAUACUAAUAGUUACAAAAAUACUAAUUGAGUUACAGUAAACAUUCUUUGACAAUAUUACAAUGAUUACUGAGGAUGAGAUGUAUGAGGAGCCAUGCUUAAAAAUACUUAAAAAUAUAGUUGUUUUCAAACUGCCUCCCUUGUACGGAAGUCGUAACAUUUUUCCGCUUAAUUUUUAUUCUUUUCCGUUUCGCAAACUCAGAUCAUGAUUCCAUACUAAAAAUGAUCAUCAGAUUAUCGAGUUACUGUAAACUAAAGCAUUGCCCAUUUAAAAUCCCAGCGCAUAGCAUAUUUUCUAGGGACGCUCUCAAUGAUCAUAAUCUCCAUUCUUUUACAGCAGUCUCGUCCUACUCUAGAAAAGUUUUUCAUUCUAUGGUAGCUAAAUGAAGUCCAUAAGGUUAAAUUUUAAGUCUUAUCCCAAGUAUUGUACAAAAUAGAUAUAUGUAAUAAGGCUAAAACAAUACAAUUUUAGUGAUGAUAUGGUAAAAAAUUGGCAAGUAAGAUCAACUUGGGCUGAUUUUCUAGAAAAUUAUCGUUAUAUAAAAGAUAAACAUCAUACAACGUCAAUUUUGGACAAAAUUUACCACAAUAGGGAUACAAGCAUGUUUUAGAAGUGAGAAUAGUGUAAAUCAACAAGAUAAGAUGCAGCAAUACUUCACAUUGAACACAUUAAAAUUGACAUUUUUGUUAAAUUUACAUUUUAUUUUGUACUAGGGUGACAAUGGGUGUUAUCGGCAGGUUUGUUCUCUUCGUCAUGGGGGGUUUUUGUCAGCCAAAUUGCCUGAAACUUGGCCAUAUAAUUCAGCUAAGUUGGGAAGGAUUUGAGACCAACUCUGAGUUCAAUAGGUUUCAAAAAACCCCCAAAGACGAAGAGAACAAAACGGCCGAGAAUAGGUAAUUUCCCCUAAAUAAAAUGGCUUCAUUCUUCAUCAAUACAGAAUCUAAUAUUUUUUCUCUUCUGGUCAUAGUUGCUACUAGCAAUGGUGAGGGCAGGAACCUAAUUUGUUUCAACUUUAAAACAUCACUUGUUAAAUUGAGACUAAAUAUCAAUAAACUGGAGUGCGUGCUAGCCGAAAUGGACUUAUAGCACAUAAGCGAUCAGCAUUAUCUUUCUCUGGACAGUUAAAUCCAAAUCAUAUGCUGUAUUUGGUCAGUGUUAGAUGCCCUUUCCAAAAAUAAAUUAAGUUUAAAAAUCCUAAUUACAGAUGUGAAAUAAAUUCAAUUUAAUUUUGUAUGAGAACUUAUUGGGCCUUCUAGAGUUGAAAAUUCGUAUUUUGGUGCGUCAACCAAUCCGCUUGUUUUGUCCAUACAUUUCUUAAACUCGCAAAGGCAGCUCUCGGCUUCUUAUUUUAGUUUUUUCCUAUUUUUUCUUCUUGUUUGAUCAUUUUCGAAUUUUGGUGAUAUAGGGUUGUAUAUCGAUUAUUAGACAGAUUGCUUACGUUUUCACCCUACUCAAAACGAAACAGCACUGUUUGCUUUGCUUCUUAUUUCUGUUUUUUGUUUUAGAAGUGAAAACAUAUUAAAACAAAAAGAACGGAUUCAAUCAGUGCCAUAAUCGCUUGUUUUCAAAUAAGAUGAAUUUAGGAGGGCAAAAUUAUUAAUGGCAUGCAUUUUAUAGAUU